AUGUAUUACAGGACGCGAUGCCGCCCAAGCGUCAGCGCAGCAAGGGCCCUGCUCGCGCCGAGCUCGGAGGGCGCUCGCGCCGAGCUCGCCGAGCUGGUCAACUCCAUGCCGGACGCAGACCUGCCGGCAGCUCUGCGGCACCUCAAGGAUGGCAAGCACAAGGAGCCUCCUUUCGACGAGGACCUCGAGCCGGGAGUGAUCCGGCAUGAGCUGCACGGGCACAUUCUCCGCUGUGCGCGCGAGACGAACGGGAACUGGCACGACUGCUACGAGGAGACCGACGAGGAGUGCAGCGAGUUUUACAAAACCGCCGUCGAGCUCGUGAACGAGGUCUACACCAUCGGCGUCAAGGAGAGGCGCUGCGUGGGGCGGUGCCACGUGGCGCUCCUGACGAUCGCGGAUCUCACGGAGGAGCUGGAGUCGGUGCCCCUGCGCAAGCACCCAACUGAGUCCUGGGGGGAAAUGUGGACGGACUUCCCGCUCCAGACGGGGGUCGCUGGACCUAUCCACCACAUUGAUUUCAUGGACCGGGUGCGCUUCGUGUGGCGGGACCUGCUGCGCGUGGCUGCGGGGCUGGAGGGCGGCGUGACGGAUCUCUCGCUCUAUUUCAUCAGGAAUCGAGCGGCGCCGCUCCGCCAGAUGAUCGCCGACGCGCUGGCGUACAAGUGCGACGUGCUGAACGAGCGCAACACGGGCCACGAGGAGGAGUGCAGCGAGGAGGGCGGAGGGACGGAGGCGCUGAGGAGCUUCUUGAAGCAGCGAAGGAAAGAAUUUCGAGGGAAGAAGAAAGCAAAGAAGCAGGUCCCUGUGGCGUGGACCUUUCGCGAAGAGCCAUCCGACGACAAGGAGCCGACGAAGCCACUUCCCGUCGAGCUGAUUCCGGACCCGGAGCUGCGGGAGGGCGCGCGGAAGCUGGCGGAGGCGGUCGCCGGCACCCACUGGGAGGACGUGGACAACAACUACACGCACUGGGAGGGGCUCUACCCGCGCCAUGACGGCAGGUUCGACUCUCCCUCGCACCACGACGACGACGACGAGGAGUACGAGGAGUACGAGAUCUACGUGUGA